AUGUCUUAAAUUUAUUUAUUUUUUAAUAUUUCUAAAAGGUUUUAAUAUUAAGAAUUGGUCUAGACGACAAAGAGAUCAAAUUAAAUAAAACUAAAACACCAGUUUUAAUAAAAGUUAAGCUAUAAAACUUAAAGAAGUUAAUUAAUAGAUUUAUUAAAAAUUAUUUAUAGAACUUUAAAGAAUUUUUCUUUAAUUUGUUUAGUUUUUCUGAAAAAAGGUCAAAAAGAAAAUAAUAGAGAUUCUAUAUAACUUAAAAAUUCAAAAUCUGAUUGCAGGUAUAUUAUUAAGUUGGUAAUUAUUAAAAAUCUGUUAAAAAUCUAAUAAAAAAUUUGUGAAACAUAGUCCUCCAAGUAAAAGACUUGUAAGGAUAAAAAUGAUAGUUAUAGCUUGAUUUUAACCCUAUUAAGCCUUAAAUUCUUCUAAUUCCAUCAAGACAAUCUAUAAUUUUUAAAGGGUGGUAGUAGUAGAGAUAUUGAGAAGUUUAAAAUUUAUUAAUUUUUUGUCUAUUAAAAUUUUCUAAAGUUUUGUUUGUUCCUAGUAGAGUUAAUUAAAUUUAUAAGACAAAAAGUUUUUUAUAUUAAGGAAAUAAAUGAUACUAUUUUCUAAGCUAAGUUUAAUAUAUAAAGUACUAGCUCUUGA